GAGGGGCGGAGGUGACGAGAGGCGUCGCUCGUUGAAAACACAGCGAGACACAUCGCUGGUAACGGAUUUCGCAAGAAACGGACAACGGCAACAGGCGCCGUUCAUACACUCCACAUUUAAUUUUCUCACAUCUUAGUGAAAUGAGGGCAACAUGGGUGCAAAGGAGUCAAGGAUAGGUUUCCUUUCGUAUGACGAGGCCAUUAAAAGAGUAACUGAUGUGGAGUUGAAGCGGCUGAAGGAUGCCUUUAAGAGGACCAGCGGCCUGUCCUACUACAUGGCCCAACAGUGCUUCUACAGAGAAGUACUGGGAGACGGAGUCCCUCCAAAGGUUGCAGAGGUCAUCUACAACUCGUUUGGGGGCACGUCUAAAGGACUACACUUCAACAACCUCAUCAUUGGCCUGGUGCUGCUGACCAGAGGACGAGAUGGGGAGAAGGCCAAGUACCUCUUCAGCCUGUUUGCCAGUGAGUCUGGCGGCUAUGCGGCGCGGGACGACAUGGAGGCCGUACUCCGGGCAUUGGACGGGGAAGUCCCGCCCUCUCUAAGGAAGUGCUUCAGCGAGGGGGAGAAAGUCAACUAUGAGCGCUUUAAGAACUGGCUCCUACAGAACACGGAGGCGUUCACCUUCUCCCGUUGGCUGCUCUCCGGAGGCGUGUGUGUCACCCUCACAGACGACAGCGACACGCCCACCUUCUACCAGACUCUGGCCGGAGUCACACACUUGGAAGAGUCUGAUAUCAUUGACUUGGAGAAGCGCUAUUGGCUGUUGAAAGCCCAGUCCAGGACCGGACGCUUUGACUUGGAGACCUUUGUCUCGCUGGUCUCUCCUCCUAUUCACGCUUCGCUAAGUGAAGGUUUGUUUCAUGCCUUUGAUGAGAACCGGGACAAUCACAUCGACUUUAAGGAGAUCUCCUGUGGCCUGUCUGCCUGUUGCCGGGGGCCCGUCGCCGAGAGGCAGAAAUUUUGUUUCAAAGUGUUUGACGUGGACCGGGAUGGGGUUCUGUCCCGAGACGAAAUCCACGAGAUGGUAGCCGCACUCCUGGAAGUUUGGAAGGACAAUCGCACAGACACACUUCCUGAGCUGCUCACCAACGUGUCGGACAUAGUGGAGGGAAUCCUGAACAUGCACGACACGACCAAGCUGGGUCACCUGACCCUGGAGGACUACCAGAUCUGGAGUGUGAACAGCGCUCUGGCCAACGAGUUCCUCAACCUGCUGUUCCAGGUCUGUCACAUUGUCCUUGGGCUUCGACCUGCCACUGCUGAAGAGGAGGGACAAAUCAUCAGGGGGUGGCUGGACAGAGAGGGCAGACAUGGGCUUCAGCCUGGGGAGAACUGGUUCCUCAUCUCCAGCCAGUGGUGGACGCUCUGGAAAGACUACGUCAAAUAUGACCGCAAGUCCAUCGUGGUGGAUCAGCCCUCUAUCCUCUCCUCUCUGAGGAAUCCUCAGGCCUCUGCGACCGUCGAGCCUUCCCCCCUGGAGCCAGGGGUAGGUGAAGGUCUGGGGGUCCCCGGCCCAGCCAGCCCCUCAGAGGAGAGGUCCCCUGAUGCUGUGUCCAGCGCCUCUGAAGCCACAGAGACCCAAAGCACAGUGGUGACCCCCCAGGCCGGCCCCUCGGCCACAGAGAUCUGUUUUGCCCGGCAACACAACGUGUCAGACAACAACCAGUGUUUCUCCGGGGCCAACGGCCACAUCCCCUCCCUCCCUCAGUCCCAUCUGGCAGCUCAGAGGCCUGGAGCCAUCGACAACCAGCCCCUGGUCAACACAGACCCCAUGAAGGCCCCCACAUUGACCAUGGAGGGAGGCCGGCUGAAGCAGUCCCUACAGCUGGUGGCGGGCAGGGACUUUGAGACGGUGCCAGAGCCGGUGUGGAGGGCACUGUUCCACUGGUAUGGCGCCAACCUCAGCCUGCCACGACCGGUGAUCCAGCAGACGAAAACAGGCCGUGCUGAGCUGGAGCUCUUCCCACGCUACCUCCUCUUCCUGCGGCAGCAGCCCGCCACACGCACCCCCCAGUCCAACAUCUGGGUUAACAUGGGUAUGACCAGCCUGAGAAUGUUCCCCCAGCAUCUCCCCAGAGGUAACGUGCCCUCCCCCAACGCUCCUCUGAAGCGUGUCCUGGCCUAUACAGGCUGUUUCAGCCGCGUGGGCACCAUCAAGGACAUCCACCUGUACCUGUCUCGGAGGCUACGCAUCAAAGACGAGGACAUGAGGCUGUGGCUCUAUAACAGCGAGAACUAUCUGACCCUCCUGGAUGAUGAGAACCACACUCUGGAGGGCCUGAAGAUUCAGGACGAGCAACACUUAGUUAUCGAGGUUCGGAACAAAGACAUGAGCUGGCCAGAAGAGAUGUCCUUCAUCGCCAACAGCAGUAAAAUGGACCGGCAUAAAGUUGCUACGGAGAAGGGUGCCACGGGCCUCAGUAACCUAGGCAACACGUGCUUUAUGAACUCUAGUAUCCAGUGUGUGAGCAACACCACGCCCCUCACUGACUACUUCAUCUCAGGAAGACACCUCUAUGAACUCAACAGAACCAACCCCAUCGGGAUGCGAGGUCACAUGGCUAAAUGUUACGGAGACCUGCUGAUGGAGCUGUGGAGUGGAACACAGAGGAACGUUGCUCCUCUCAAACUCAGGUGGACGAUAGCGAAGUACGCCCCACGGUUCAACGGCUUCCAGCAGCAGGACAGUCAGGAGCUCCUGGCCUUCCUAUUGGACGGGCUCCAUGAGGACCUGAACAGGGUGCAUGAGAAACCCUACGUAGAGCUGAAGGACAGCAACGGACGACCCGACUGGGAGGUCGCCUUAGAGGCGUGGGAGAACCACUUGCGGAGGAACCGGUCCAUCGUGGUGGAUCUGUUCCACGGCCAGCUCAAGUCCCAGGUCAAGUGUAAGACUUGUGGUCACAUCAGCGCUCGCUUCGACCCCUUCAACUUCCUGUCUUUACCCCUCCCCAUGGACAGCUCCAUGCACCUGGAGAUCACUGUCAUUAUGCUGGAUGGUUCUACCCCUGUACGGUUCGGCCUGAGGCUCAACAUGGAUGACAAGUACACCGGUCUGAAGAAACAGCUGAGUGAACUGUGUAGUCUGAAACCAGAACAGAUACUACUGGCUGAGGUCCACACCUCCAACAUCAAGAACUUCCCUCAGGAUAAUCAGAAGGUGCGUCUGUCGGUGAACGGCUUCCUGUGUGCGUUUGAGAUCCCUGUGCCAUGCUCCCCCAGUUCCCUCACCUCUCCAACACAGACAGACAUCACCCCUGUGCCCAUGGUUAACGGGGUGGGGGUGGCAGCACAUCCUGAUGGUAAGCCUGGUCUGAUCUCCAACGGCAUGCCCAGCACCAUGGUGCACUGCAGAGAGACCACAGAGAGAAGCCUGGCUAAUGGACACGUGUCCCCCGCCCAGGACAGCCCCUUCAUCGGGUACAUCAUCGCCAUGCACAGGAAGAUGAUGCGGACAGAGUUGUAUUUCCUGUCCAGUCAGAAGAACCGUGCCAGUCUGUUUGGGAUGCCCCUGAUCGUUCCCUGUACGGUUCACACCAGUCAGAAGGACCUGUACGAUGCUGUCUGGAUACAGGUGGCCCGUCUGGCCAGCCCUCUGCCCCCGCAAGAGGCCAGCAACCAUGCACAGGACUGUGAUGACAGUAUGGGCUACCAGUACCCCUUCACACUGAGGGUGGUGGGGAAGGAUGGCAACUCAUGUGCCUGGUGUCCCUGGUACAGCCCCUUCUCCCGGUCCCCAUCUGUCCCGUCUAACCCCCUUCUCCCUGUCUAUCUGUUCCGUCUAACCCCCUUCUCUCCGUCUCUCUCUCUCCAGAUAGUAGAGGAGCACUGUAGUGUGCAGCAGAGUCGCAGGGCCCAGGCAGAGCCCAUCAGUCUAGACAGUUGUCUGAAGGCCUUCACCAGUGAGGAGGAGCUGGGAGAGGAUGAGCUCUACUACUGCUCCAAGUGCAAGACCCACCGCCUGGCCACCAAGAAACUGGACCUGUGGAGGCUGCCGCCUAUACUGAUAGUACACCUGAAGAGGUUCCAGUUUGUGAACGGCCGCUGGAUCAAGUCUCAGAAGAUCGUCCAGUUUCCCAGAGAGAGGUUUGACCCUAGUGUUUACCUGGCUCCCCGGGAGGCGGGGCUUAACGGGCUACACAGUCUGCAGAGCCGCAGCGAGGGGGAGGAGCUACUGAGGAUAGGAGGAGGAGAAACGGUCUCCUCCAUCUCCGCCCCUGCUGGGUUCCUCAACAUCCUCAAAGCCUCUCCUGCUUCAGGCAGGAAGUCAGCCCCUCCCUCUUCCAUCAGUUGUACCAGCAGCCCCUGCAGCAGCCCCAAGACAGGAGGAGGGUCAGGGAGCACAGGCCACAGACAGACCCGCCUCAGGCUUCCCCAGCUGGGCAGCCGCCACCGCCUCUCCAACAGCAAGGAGAACCUGGAGGGUAGUACCAGGGAGGGGGGCAGCGACUCCGACACCGAGCCCAGGGAGGGAAGACUGCAGGCGGACACGGAGGGUGGGCUCGUGGGAGUGAGGAGCGAGCCGGAGAUGUCCACCACAGACGCGUUUAGCAGCCUCAGUGACGUCAUCGUGAUGAACGGGGACAGCGGUGGCUAUAGCGACGGGCUACAGCGCACGGAGGCCAGUACGGCGCCCAGCACGAACCUAGAGACACCCACCACCACCCUUCUGCACCAAAGAGACAACAGCCUGGAGAACAUCUACAACUUGUAUGCAAUUUCAUGCCAUUCAGGUAUCAUGGGAGGAGGACAUUAUGUGACCUAUGCCAAAAACCCCAACAACAAAUGGUACUGUUACAACGACAGCAGCUGUAAGGAAGUGCACUCAGAGGAGAUGGACACGGACUCCGCCUACAUCCUGUUCUAUGAGCAGCAGGCGGUGGACUUCUCUCAGUUCCUGCCAAAGACUGACGGCAAGAAGAUGGCCGACACCACUAGCAUGGACGAGGACUUUGAGUCUGACUACAAGAAGUACUGUGUCCUGCAGUGAUCAGGAUAACACCCUCGACCCACCCACCCACC